GCAUCCGACGCGACGCGCUACACCGAAGCCUAUACUACUACAUCUCGUCUCAUCGCCCUCCUCCCAGACGACGACUCGAGAAUCCUCGGCUGAGGCUCCACUCCGCACUCGCAAGUCGCACCCGCAGCCGCCGCCGACCGCUCCCCGUCCGGCAGAUUUUGAAGGUUCACAGAAGGAGAGAUGGCAGCUCUAACCAGCCUUGCCUCAAACCCGAAUCCAAACAAGUCAUUCGAGGUCCUUCCUAAUCCGGGUGACUCCCUCUCAAGCCUCAGUUUUAGCCCGAAAAGUAAUCUUCUUGUGGCAACUUCCUGGGAUAACCAGGUGAGGUGUUGGGAGAUAGGUAAUGGUAACAGUCAGCCAAAGGCAUCCAUAUCACAUGAUCAGCCAGUGCUCUGCUCAGCCUGGAAAGAUGAUGGGACUACUGUCUUCUCUGGAGGGUGUGAUAAACAGGUCAAAAUGUGGCCUCUGCUGUCUGGUGGGCAGGCUCAGACGGUUGCAAUGCAUGAUGCACCUGUCAAGGAGGUCGCAUGGAUUUCUCAGAUGAAUCUUCUUGUAUCCGGAAGCUGGGACAAGACACUAAGGUAUUGGGACACAAGACAGCCGAAUCCUGCCCAUGUUCAGCAACUUCCUGAUCGUUGCUACGCACUUGCUGUGAAUUAUCCCCUUAUGAUUGUGGGAACAGCUGAUCGCAAUAUUGUGAUCUUCAACUUGCAGAAUCCUCAGACUGAGUUUAAGCGUAUUCAAUCACCUCUGAAAUACCAGACACGGUGCGUUGCUGCCUUUCCAGAUCAACAAGGAUUCCUGGUGGGUUCCAUAGAAGGAAGAGUUGGUGUGCAUCAUAUUGAUGAUUCACAGCAAAGCAAAAACUUCACAUUCAAGUGUCACAGGGAAGGAAAUGAUAUUUUCUCUGUCAAUUCGCUCAACUUUCACCCUGUUCAUCACACGUUUGCCACAGCUGGAUCUGAUGGUGCUUUCAACUUUUGGGAUAAAGAUAGCAAGCAGAGACUUAAGGCUUUCAGUCGGUGUCCUCAACCCAUUCCUUGCAGUAGCUUCAAUAAUGAUGGUUCAAUAUUUGCUUAUGGGGUGUGCUAUGACUGGAGCCGUGGCGCUGAGAACCAUAAUCCUGCAAAUGCAAAGACAUCCAUCUAUCUCCACAGUCCCCAGGAAGCCGAGGUGAAAGGGAAGCCAAGAAUCGCAACAGGGCGGAAGUGAUGGUGGCAUCCUGCCUGCCGAAAAGUCGAUAGUUGUGCAAGAGAUGAUGUAUAUUCAAGGGCCUUGUUUCGCUCGGGCCUUGCCUUGACGUGUCCUCUGGAUGUUCUUACUUGGUUCGGCCGCCUGGUAGAUGAAACGCCUACUCCCAGCAACCAGUGAUAGGUUACUUAGCCGUAGGUCGUAGCACAUAGCUGUUUAUGUAAUGCAUAGUUGUCCGAAGGAAUGUUUCCCCGUGUUCUUGUGUUGUGAUAUAGUCAGGUCAGCGCGUAGUCUUUUGAAAAGGAGAAAGCCUUCGGUGUCUUGUAAGUGGUGUAGAUCUUUGGAAAUAUGGGCAUGAUAUUCGGUGGAGUUAUUCUGAAAAAGAUAUCCCGGUUUCGGUUUCA